AUGUUGGGCUGUGUAAACGUUGGCAGUCGAAGGUGUGGCGUUGGAACUCGUCUGGCUCGCGGCUAUCACGAGGAGGCGGAAUUUGAUCCGGAACCGCCUACCUUUUCUCAUCUUUGCUUUGUGGUGCAUGGAAUGGGUCAGAAGUACCUCAAAGGCUCCAUCAUUACUGCCUGUGAUGGGUAG